GUUGCCAUGACCUGGCUCAGACGAACCACAGCAUGAGGCCGAGUGCAUCACAUCUGAACGAUCUCUCCGGCACACUUCUCCUUCUGUAAUAGUCUGACUCCCACCACAGCGCCUCGCUAAGGCUGGCCCUCGCCCCGCCGUGCCCUGGCCAUGUGUCCGUCAUGGCACGUUUGAACACCCGACGAUCAACACCUUCAGAUUCGGCAAGCGAACGAUCGUCACGCUCGCCGCCGCGCGAGACGCCACAUACCUCAGCACUUUCCUCUCCUCCCGACGACUCAGACUCUGAUAAAGAGAACCAGACUCGUUCGCGCUCGUCGACUAGUAAGGGGAAAAGAAAGAGCGACACUGCCCUCAUGUCGCGGCGACCCAGAGAUGAUCCACACGCAAGCAAACGACGGCGAGUGAGUGGGGAUGAAGAUGAGCAUACAAGCACCGCUCGAACAAACAAGUUCUACGACCCAGACCAGAACCCAGAAGAACGCCGGUUUGUCCGCAAAGGCCUCCGCAAUCUCCUAGGAAAACUUCAUGAUUCGAAGAGCGAGUACCUAAGACCUGAGUCAAAAGGUCUAGAGGAGACACUAAAGGAGGCGAAUGAGUUAUACAAAAGCGUCAAACAGACAUCGGAGGCGACCAUCGAUUCUCGACUGCUUGUUGAGACAGCAGACCUGUCAUACAGGAAGAUAAACAGUCUGACGUUAGGAGAUGGUUCAACUGGUAUUGAUGUCGAUGACUUUGUAACAAAAUGCAUUGGAUUUAUGAAGCGAGGGGACGAACCUGCGCGUCGCAACCGAAAUGAGACCGGAAGCACGCAGACUCAGCGGCGACGCCGGCGGCAUGGUGAAGACGAAGAAGAGGGUGACGAGGGUGAUACUAUGAACUGGGAAUACCUAGGGAGAAACGCGUGCUUUUUGUAUAAUGCUCGCCCAUGCUUGACAGGUUUCCUGCUGGGUCCACUGUCCGUCCAGAAGAAGGUCCGCCAACAGACCCAGCGGAAAGCGCGUGAAGCUCGCUCUCAAGCCACCCAAGCUGCCCGACCAGUUGAGCUCAACGACGAAGACUUGGAGAGACAGGAAUCAGCAAGUCUUACCACAGUCUGUACCGAAAUCGCCAAGUUGCUGGAUGAUACCAUGGCGAGAAGAGAAAAGGCAGUCAGCAGGGAAUGCGAAGAAGCUGGAGAUGAUUUGACAGAUGAACAAGUCCGAGAGAUUCUACGCCGUCACCGCAUGGCCGACAACGGUUGCGUGUCACUAUUCGACUUCUGCGUAAACCCUAAAUCGUUCGGACAGACGGUGGAGAAUCUCUUCUAUGUGAGCUUUUUGAUCAAGGAGGGCAAAGUAGGACUGGAUUUCGACAGCCAAAGUCUUCCAACACUCGGCAUUGCAGCUAAUCGCAGUGUGGCGGAGAGGCAAGAGACGAAGCGAAACCAAGCUGUGUUCACGAUCGACUUCGACGUAUGGGAAGACAUCAUCAAGGUAUUUGAUAUCAAGAAAAGUAUAAUACCUCAUCGGAACGAGGAGACAUACGAUGAUGGUAUACUGGAUUACACUCGCAUGGAGGAUGAUGCUGCUAGAGAAAUUGAAGACGAUGAGGUCACGGAUGCGUAUGCAUAAUUCUGUUUGCGACGGUGUUGGCGGCGUGAGAAGAGUUGUCUGACUUGUGUCAUGGAGCCAUGAAGCGUCUGGUAUCCACGCGUGUUGUAUGAUGGAUCCUGGUCCGGAUCGUGCUGUGCAAUGCAGGCGACGAUCACAUAUUUGUUCUUCGCCUUUCACUUUGACACUUUGGUAAUCACUAUUCCAUUUGCAGUCGCUCACUUUGCAUUGCC